AUGGCACAAGACAGUAUCCGCGAUAUCUACAGCGAGUUGGGAGACAAUGAGAUUCGUGUCAUGCAUCUGUGGCCGGGUCACGGUAAAGGCAACAUCUACGUGGAGCUAUCGAAGGAAAAACUGGACGAUCAUCUAAAGUUUGAAGCGCUGUCGUGGCAAUGGGGCAAAAAGGGAGAAAAGGAUAAUGGAUUCCAGAUCCAUAUUCGGAACAAGCUCCAGAGUGAGACCGACAGCCCCUUUCGCCCGUGCCCUGUCAGACCCAACUUUUGGUGGGCACUGAAGCGCAUCCAGAAACCAGAGAGAGAGGUCGUCCUUUGGGCGGACGCCAUCUGCAUCAAUCAGGAGGAGGGAGCAGAUGGUGAAAACUCGGAGAAGAGUACGCAAAUUUCCAUGAUGACUGAGAUCUAUGGAAAGGCCGAAAGGGUCAUUGUUUGGCUCGGGGAGCCUGAGCAGGGCGAGAACACCGACAUCACCAAUACUGAAGUAGAGCAUGCGGUCAGGUAUGUGGAGCAGCUCGGAAACCUCGAUGAUCUAAACCACAUUGCAAGCAUGCAUUGCGGGAUCUUCGACAAGGCUGGUUUACAUGACCUGGAGCCUGUGUUCAAGCUUUUCAGACGCGGAUGGUUCAGUCGCCGCUGGAUUGUCCAGGAGAUUUCCGUGGCCCGGAAGGCUAUACUCUUGUGCGGUGAGGAGAAACUCAGUUGGGAGAAGUUUGCCCACUCUGUGGCACUUCUGGAGAGAGUCGGUCGGGAUGGUACCAUCAACAGGAUGUUAAAGAUGCGGCCAGGCACACGCCAUGUUUCGAACUACGCGGGUAAUAUCUCGGCCCUCCCCGCGUACCGACUGGUCCAAAACGCUUCCGAACUGAGACAAGAACGACAAGGAGUUUGGAGAAAAGAGCGCACCCUUGAGCAACUCGUCUGCUUUCUCGCCGCAUUCAAGGCCAGUCGAUCGCAGGAUACAAUUUACGCCGUCCUGGGUCUGGCGUCUGACUUUGAGCCUGUCACUACCGGCAAUGAGGCAAAGUGCGAGAAUCGAGAGAGUUUUGUCGUCGACUACACUCGUACACCCUUGCAGGUCUUUGGCCAGUUUCUCAAGGUUACAGUUGCCAAGUCAAAGUCCGUGGACAUCCUCUGCAGGCCAUGGGCCCCAUUCAAACAAUUUUGUGAAAACGACGAAGUCGAGAAGAUCAAACUGCCGUCGUGGAUUCCAAGCCUCGCUCGCAAACCUUACCAGCCCGACCAGAAUGGGAAGAUGUACCGCUACAAUGCAGAUCCCCUUGUCGGGGCGGCCAUCCCACGACUCAAGUUCUUCACAGCAUCUGGUCCAGAACCCGUGGAGGGGACAGAUUUCUUCAAUCUCAACAUUGAGGAUGAAAAGUGUCCCAAGAUCACGCUGAAAGUGUUCCACGUGGGCACCAUCGAAGAGAUCUGGGACUCGGCAGUCUUUGGCAACAUACCCGCCUCGUGGCUGAGAGCCGCAAAGUGGGAGGAUGAGGAUAAGCUGCCGCCCGACGAGGUUUGGAGGACCAUGGUGGCAAACCGGACCAAUCAGGGCAACCAUCCCGAGCCAUGGUAUCCUAGGGCCUUUCACUCGGCUGUCCGGGAGAAAGGCAUCCGCCAUGGCAUCAACACUCACCAACUCAUCCAUGAGAAGGACAACGCUGCGUAUUCCGAGGUCUUCCGUCGUGUGCAAGCGGUUGUCUGGAACAGAAAGCUGAUCAAGAUGAAGAAGGAGGACAAAGCCAAUCUCUCAUGGUGCCCCCUCGGCCUGGCCCCAGAAGGAGCCAAGGAAGGCCACAAGAUCUACAUUGCGCUUGGUUGUAGCGUUCCCAUUGUCAUUUCGGAAAAGUCAGUCAACCAGAGGCAACCUGAUCCAGGAAAUCCAUCAAGAAAUCCAUCCACGCAACAUACUCUUAUCGGAGAGUGUUAUGUGGACGGUAUGAUGGAUGGCCAUGCUGCAAAGAUGGCCAAAUGGACGGAUCUAACGAUUGUGUAA